AUGGUUUAUAAGACGAGUAAAUUGGGAAGUGUGUUUGAAAUAUUGACGUUAUCCUUCAAACAUUCAACGGCAUCUAUUUUAUCAAAUGAUAUUUCUGAAAUUGAUUUUCCUGCCUUCUCUUUCUGCCCGAAACUCAAAAAUCUGCAAAAUGAAAUUGAAACUUUGCAAAGAAAUGAAUAUUCUAGUGAAUAUCAACGAAAUAAGUAUCUUGGUCUUCACAUGGAUGUUAAGUCUAAAUUUGAAAUAUGA